AUGGCCAUAUGUUUGGAUCUCAAAGCAGAAACUUUAAGCAAAGGGAAAAUAUUCAUACAAGUUCCAGCUUUAAGUUAUGCUUCAUCCCUUUCGGUGUUUUUGAAUGAGAAACGUGGAUGGGCAGAAAACGAUGAAAAGAAAAAGAAAAAGAAAGAAAAACGCACGAAACUAUUUGCUGGUUUUCUGCGCCAGCCUUUCACAAAAUGCCGUGAAAGUCCGCAAUGA